UUUUUUUGUACCUUCUUUUUCUCCAUUUGUUUAUUUUUUAUUUAUUUAUUAUUAUUUUUACUUGUAUAUAUCACUAGGAAAUAUACAGUAAAGUUCAUGGCAAUGAAUAGUAAAGAUAAACCGCUUUUAAAAUCACCUUAUAGAAAAUUUAAUGAAACUGUAAACCAGAAACGAAGCAAGAAUAUUGUACAGAUUCGUACAGGUGUUGCAAUUAUCGGGAUCAUUAUUGCCAUCUUGGUUUAUUUUUACUCUAAUCAACUUUCAAAUAGCACUUUAGUUGAUAAAGAUUCAUGUCAAAAGUAUGCAGUCAUGAUUGAUGCAGGCUCUACAGGAUCACGUAUUCAUGUUUACCGAUUUCAUCAAUGUGGUGAUCAUGAACCCAUUCAAUUAGAAGAAGAGGAAUUGUUUGCUCAAACUAUACCCGGUUUAUCUGCAUAUCCUGAUGAUCCUCAACAAGCAGCAAAUUCAUUAGAUAUCUUAUUGGAUGAUGCAAUGAAGAUUGUACCUAAAAGACUUCAAAGGAGAACACCUAUGGCUGUCAAGGCAACCGCUGGACUACGAUUAUUAGGACAAGAAAAGAGCAAUGCUAUUUUAAAGACAGUUCGUCACCAUCUUGAAGCAAAGUAUCCUUUCCCUAUCGUUGGAGGAGAUGACGGUGUAGCCAUUAUGGAGGGUCGAGAUGAGGGCGUCUAUGCUUGGAUCACUGUCAAUUUCUUAUUAGGUAAUUUUGAUUCUACACGAUCUCUUGUAACGCCUCAUACAGCCGCUGUCUUGGAUCUUGGGGGUGGAUCCACUCAAAUCGUUUUUGAACCUGAUCGUUUGGAGGAUGGAAGUUUACCUGAGAUUCUCGAUACGGACUUUAAAUAUGUUUUAAAACAUGAAGGAAGAGAACAUGUGUUAUAUCAACAUUCCUAUCUUGGUUAUGGACUUAUGGAAGCUCGUAAACGUAUGCAUCAACAGGUAUUGUUAGAGAACAAGACAAGGGAACUUGAAAGUGCAGAUCAAUUUUUUUUGCAUGCUUGCUUACCUGAGGGAUUAAAUUGGGAAUAUACUAAAUCUUCAACACCUAUUCAAUUCCUUGGUAUGGGCUCCUAUGAUGACUGUCUUGGUAUUGCUGAUUUAAUGUUAAAUAAAGACAAGUCAUGUGAUAUUCAACCCUGUUCCUUUGAUGGUAUCUAUCAGCCCCCCAUUGCAGAUACCUUCACAAGGGGCCCCAUUUAUAUUUUCUCUUAUUUCCAUGAUCGUACUCAACCUCUUGGUCUACCAGCUUCCUUCCGUUUACCUCAACUUGCAGCCUUGACCGAAUCGGUUUGUUCUGGUGCCUUCCUAGAGAAUGUGACAGAUGUUUCUUUAAAAGAUGAAUUGUUAGAUCGUCCUGAAUGGUGUUUAGAUUUGUCAUUUAUUUAUCGUCUUUUAUCUUAUGGUUAUGAAAUCCCAAAUGAUAGAGUACUUACUGUUGCAAAAAAGAUUAAUGGUGUUGAAACAGGUUGGUGCUUAGGUGCAGCUAUUGCCAUCUUGGGUGAUAAUUCACUUAAAGAUAUUAAAUAAAUAAAUUUAUUUUUAGAAGAAAAAAAAAUCAAAUAAAAUUCUGUGUAUUAUAAAAAUUCC